AUGCAACAGGUACGUACUUUAGCCAACGCCCGUCACAGUUGGCUCACGUCUACGAACUGACAGUGUGCUAUUCAUUACGGUGUUGACACAGAAGCCUUUUUGGCAUAACAGUUGUUCAAAAGUGAGUCAGUUUGUGUGAAGUGGGAACGAUAAUAAAUCCACAAAUUUAGACAUUCAGAAGAAGUCUACUACGAGGGCGAACUUCGAAAUCACAGCAUGUCUGCGACCUGAGCCCCUUGGAGGGCCUUUUCAAAGACAACAGGCUUUAACCGCUGCCCACUGGAUGGCAUGAAACGUGGCGUUAUGCAGUUUAUGGUAAAACUUAAAAAAUCGUGGUAAAGACAUUCCAGGGGGCCAGCAGGAACUACCGUUAAGUUGCCGUUUUUACGAACUUAUUGUCGUUGGAGAAAAAACUGAAAUUCUCCACACAGGACAUGUUCAGAUUGGUUCUAUUUGAGAAAAUGUUGGCCUUUUCAUGUAAAAAAAUAGCAUGCUUUGUAUGCUAACCAGUUCCUAUGCUAUAAAAUAUUCUAAAACGAGCCACUGCAACAGGCUUUCCCACAAAUAGUCCGGCUAAUCACAAGCAUUGCGUUUUAUGUCCGUUUGUAGCCGACGAAACCAAGUGUUAAUUAUUAAAUUGACUUUAAAAGUACAAGUGAAUUCUGAUCAUGAAAAGUUCCUGAUUGUGAACUCGUGGACGAUGUAAUAAAAGUAAUAAGGUAGGUUGACAAUUCCUUGCUGUCUUACCUGUAGUGCCGGACUCAAACAAACAAAUAGGGGAGUAUCCCCUAUACGCGGCCGGUCUGGUGAAGGAUUUCUAUACCGUCUUUUUAAAAGCCACUGUCUCCUUGUUUGGCUAGUAGCCUUGAACGAUGCGGAGGGGGCGGUCUCUGGCCUAAACGCAGUCUGAACUCCUCGUGAAUGGAUUUAUUGGGGAUUCCCAAGUAAAGUUUUCGGGCCGUCGUUUAGGUUGUCAAUGUUUCCCAAGUGGUAGAGGAUAAAGGUAAUUACGUUUGGUUAAAAUUCUCUGGUGGAUUUUUUAUGCUCCUCUUGCUUGCAUGUGAACGUGAAUGAUGCUAAUUACAUUCCAAUGAUUAAAUUUCAGCCAGUUUAAUGCAGAGUAAAAUAUCUUCGGCCGGUAUACAUGCCUCCGAGUCAGUCAAUCUUAUUCAAAAUGAUUUUCUACCCCCAUUCACUUGUCACAGACUUACAUGUUUUAUGAAUAAUAAAAGUUUUUAGGGGACAUUUUACGAUAGUGGAGGUCGAGAGGAAAUCGUGCGAUGGUGAAUCAAAUAAUUCUGAAAUGAACAGACGUGCUGAAGGUCUAGUCUCAAAGUCGGUACGGAGGUGCGAUCCCACGACUUAUUUCUAAUAUCACUGCGUGACAAGGAGUUUUUUCGUGUUCAAAGAACCAGUUAAUUUGAGCAAACCAAAAUGAGGUUUACGGAUGAUUUUAGGUACGUAUAUGAACAGAGAUUUCGGAAAUAAAGUUAUGCACAACACUCAGCCAUUUAAGACAGUUAGGUAAACUGUCUACUGUCCGAAACUAUUAGGCAUAAGAAGCUGCAUUACUUAUACAGUAGGUGAACUAACCCAUUCUGGUUGUCGUUCGAUUUUAUUUGUUGCUGUCCAACCUGCUAGAAGGCCGUUUUUCCCGCGUGACAGUUGCGUUUUGGUGCAUAAUGCCUGAUUGCACUGACCGGUAACAGCGCCUGUCAGGGAAAAAUGAAUUCUUGAGACAGUUGAUUGGGCACUCUCCCCUUCGCCGAGAACGCCCACAGUUGCCGGACAUUUUAUUUGCCGGAAUGAGAGUCGCUGUCCGGCGCUUCCGGUCUAAAUACUGACGGUAGACCUAUGAAACCGGGCCAGGUCAAGGGGGUGAUUGGACGAUUCCGCUUCUGGUUGAGCAUUUCGGUUUGCUCAUGGUUCUGGUUGAGCGUUUUGAUAUAUCUUAAAUGAAAAGUAUACCCCAAUGCUUCUGUUGCAAAGAUUGACAGUCUUGGGGAAUGUCAUGGUGUUGGUGGUGGUGGUGGUGGUGGCGGCGGUGGUGGUGGUGGUGGUGGUGGUGGUGGUGGCGGCGGUGGUGGUGGUCUUAUGGAAGCAGAAGAGCAUUUCUUUCAGAACCGCAAGGAUCUUACGUCGGCCAGUAAUUCGAGCGGAAAGCGAGGUAGUGCUAACCUCUGGCAAAAUUGUCUCGUUGGCAAGCUGGAAGAACCUUUUCCCCGCCUUCUCAGGCUCAAUACUGCGUGA